CAAAUAAAUUUUUUAUAUUUUUAAAUAAUUCUAAAAAAUAUUAAUUAGUGAGUUGUUCCAUCCUAAUCAAACGGUGUAGAUUGUUUCACUGAGGGUUUCUAUAACUUCACACAUUCUCAUAAAAAUUGAAACCACUACCACCACAAAAACACACACAACCUCAUCAAACUCACCCAACAAAUUUUUCAGCCUAAAGCUUCAGGAUUUCCACAAACAGUACCAUGAAACGCCGGUUUCUCGACACGGAGAUGAGUAUUCCACCAUCAUACGAAAACAACACAGGCGAUUCAUUCAUCAACGCAGAGAAUUUCGAUACAAACAUGGUGAUUAUACUAGCAGCACUACUAUGCGCAUUAAUCUGCGCUUUAGGGCUGAACAACAUAGCCCGCUGCGCCAUGCGAUGCAGCAGAAGAUUCUCGGAAGAAACACCGGCGCAAACAACAGCAAGGUUGAACAAAACAGGUUUAAAAAAGCGUGAGCUGAGUCAAAUUCCGGUGGCGGUUUACGGUACCGGAGAGAAUAUUCCGGCGACGGAGUGUCCCAUUUGUCUCGGGGAAUUUGAGAAAGAAGACAAAGUUCGAAUGCUGCCAAAGUGUAACCACGGGUUUCAUGUUAGGUGUAUUGACACGUGGUUGGUGGCGCAUUCUUCGUGUCCGAAUUGUAGGAAUUCAGUGCUUGAGAAAGAAUCAAAGAGUGUUGGCGGUUCUUCCGAGGUUGCCGGAGAUGGGUUGCCGGAAAAUGGUACGGUGGUUGUUGAGAUGCAGGGAAGUUGAGUUGAAAAGGUACAUGGGAAAGGAGAUGAGGUUUUGGUGUAUGGUAGUUGUGAAAUUUAAUGUUAGUUGUUAGUAGUAGUAAUCAGUUAGUUCAUGAAUAUUAUUAUGUGACCAACCUUAUUUUUUUUAAUAAAAAAAUAUUGUGUUUGUGUUGCAGACA